AUGGGCUUCAAAGUUAUCAUUGUUGGCGGUGGCCUGUCGGGCCUCGGCCUAGCCCACUGCCUGACCAAGGCGGGCAUCGAUUUCAUCGUUCUGGAGCGGAGUGAUCUGCUCGUUCCGAAAGGUGGAGCCUCAAUGGCUCUUUGGCCAAACAACGUGAGGCUCCUGGACCAGCUCGGAUUGUUGAAGGGAGCGGAGGAGAUCGACUGCGGGAUCAAGUACAAGCAAAACGUGCGAAAAGAUGGGUCUGUACUUCAGAAGAGCAACAUGAUGGAGAGAGUCGGCGUCGCGCCGAAACUGCACGAGUAUCUCUACAACACCCUUCCGGAGCACGACUCUCGCAUUCUGAGUAACGUUGAGGUGACUGGGAUCGAGACCACGGCAGACGGCGUCAAGGUUAGCUGCAAGGACGGCACCGUCCAUGAAGGCUCCAUCGUGGUCGGCUCGGAUGGCGUCAACAGCUCGGUCAGGAACCACAUUGGGAAGGGAGACGACAAGCACGCAGAGCCAUUUACGACGAGUUACAGAGCACUCUACGGCUGCUCAAGUUGGACAAAGGGCCUUGAUUCUCAGACGUUGUACGAGAUGCACGGAGACAAGACCUCGAUCCAGGUCAUCCCGGGGCCCGAUAUGGCCAUGUUCGUCGUCUAUGAGCGCCUGCCCACAACAACAAAAGGGAGUUUACGGUACACGGAGGACGAGAAGCUGCAGUUCGCGAAAGCGGUCGAGGACCUUAGUGUCUCGGAGGAUGUCAAGUUCAAAGACAUCUGGUCUGAGACAACGUGGUCUUAUUUCUCCGGACUCGAGGAAGGCGUUGCGCCAAGCUGGUUCGGCGACCGCGCCGUGCUGAUCGGAGACACGGUGCACAAGAUGACACCCAACGUCGGUCUCGGGCUCAACAGCGGGUGGCAGUCGGCAGCAGUCCUGACAAACGGCCUGCACGAGCUGCUGUCGAAGAACGCCGAGCCGAGCACCGAGGCUCUCACCCAGGUGUUCAAGGACUACCAGGGAAUAAGGAAGAAGAACGCCUCUGAUAUGAAUGGGAUGUCGGGGCUCUACACACGGGUAGUGGCAUGGGACAACCCGUUGUGGAAGCUCGCGGACCAGUACAUCACCCCCUACAUUGGAGGUGAUUGCGCAUUACUCGACCUUCUGCUCGUUCCCCUGGUGGCUAAGCAGGGUAACACCCUUUCAUUUGCAGACGAGAACAACUACAGAGUUGGGAAAACGCCGUGGAAGAACGGCCAGACGGUAGCUCUGAAAGAUGUCAAGGUGGCAGCGUAG